AUGUCGACAGAGGACGCCCCGGGUGGCUCCCUCGCCGAUCGCAUCUCAAAAGCCGAGCCUUCAAGUCGCUCUUGGGCUGACGAGGUCAACUCACCACUCGAUGCGCCGUCCUCAGACGUGCUUCCAGCACCCGACAGCAGAGACAAAGCCGCUGAAGACGCCCCUACCGACCAGACAGAUGGCGCCAGUGCACCCUUCGGCGGGUCUGGUCUUCAUGAGCCCGAAUACAAUGUCCAAAUCAAGUUGGCCGACAUGCAAGCCGACCCGAACAACCCUCUUUUCUCCGCUACCACAUUCGAGCAGCUAGGAUUGAGUCCUGAGAUCCUCAAAGGAGUCGCUGCUAUGAACUUCCGCAAGCCUUCAAAAGUCCAAGAGAAGACGCUGCCGCUGCUACUGCUCAAUCCUGCCACGAAUCUCAUCGGUCAGUCGCAGUCAGGCACAGGCAAGACGGCCGCCUUCGUUCUCAACAUUCUCCACCGCAUCGAUCUCAGCACACCCCAGCUCCAGAAGACUCCACAAGCCUUAGUACUGGCUCCAAGCAGAGAACUUGCGAGACAGAUCCAGGGCGUCUUCAAACUCAUGGGCACAUAUAUCGAGGGUCUCGUCGUAGAAGCCGCCAUUCCGACAGAUGUCAAGGAUCGCAAUCGCAAGUGUGAGGCCUCGAUUGUCGUAGGCACUCCGGGAACCGUUAUGGACAUUAUCGGAAAGCGUAUCAUGGAUGCGCGACAAAUCAAGGUUCUGGUCCUCGACGAGGCCGAUAAUAUGCUCGAUCAACAAGGCUUGGGAGACCAAUGCAUACGUGUCAAGCGCUUUCUGCCCAAAGAAUGCCAGAUUGUCCUAUUCUCUGCCACAUUCCCCGACAAUGUCGUUAGCUACGCCGAAAAGUUUGCUCCUGGCGCCAACCAGAUGACUCUGAAGCACGAGGAGCUUACAGUGGAAGGCAUCAAGCAGAUCUACCUGGACUGCGACGACGAAGCCGCCAAAUACGAUGUACUCGUCCGCUUCUAUGGCUUGCUCACCAUCGGAUCCUCCAUCAUCUUCGUCAAGACGAGAGAGAGUGCCCAACAAAUUGAGCAGCGCAUGACCGCAGAAGGGCACAAGGUCGUUUCGCUCACCGGUGGAUACGACGGUUCUACGCGUGACGCCAUCAUCGAUGCCUUCCGCAUGGGUCAGGCCAAGGUUCUUAUCACCACCAACGUCCUGGCUCGAGGCAUCGACGUCCAGUCGGUAUCUAUGGUCAUCAACUACGACGUUCCAUCGCGCUUCUUGGGUAGGGGCCAAUUCGAAGCCGAUGCUCAGACCUACUUGCACCGUAUCGGUCGGACUGGACGUUUUGGACGUGUCGGAGUGGCAGUCACUUUCAUCAGCAGCAAGAAAGACUGGGAGUUGUUGAUGGAGAUUCAGAACUAUUUCGGCGUUGAGAUCGCGAAGGUGGCCACUGAUGACUGGGACGAGCUGGAGGAGACCGUCGGCAAGAUCAUCAAGAGUUCGAGAGCCGGUCGCAACUUCACAGACGGAGCAAGAUGCAGAUGUGAUGUGGCUCCAGCGAGCCUUCCCGCAGAGCAACAAAACAGUCAGCCAGAGCCCGCCUCAGGGUAUCCCGAGUGA